UCGCCAUUCUGGAAACGGCCAGGCGCUGCCUCCGUAGCGUGGCCGCCGGCUGCGAGGCGCGGGGCGGGGGCGGAGACUGCGUGGCGCAGGCGCGCUGCUGGGCUUCUCCUGGGUCCCCAGACAGCUGGAGGAGAUAAACAGAAGAGGAGGAGGGAGGGGGGUGCGUGUGUGAGAGCGCGCGAGGGAGUGUGAGUGUGUGUGAGCGCGGGUGUGAGGCGGUGCGCAGGGGCGGGCGGAGGCGCUGUCCGGCCGCGGUCAGGCGCCGGCCGAGGAGCAUGGGAAGGGGCUAGAGCUGCCCGGGCCCCCCAGCCCCCUCCCUGGGAUCCGCGGCCCCCCUCCCGGGAGAGGGGCUGGGCCCCCCCGGACGGACAUGGGCUCCUGAAGUUGCACCGCAGCUGGUCCUGGAAAGAGGCCUGACAGGUAAUUAAAUGUGUGUCUUGUGGACCUGGGCUUGGCUGGAAUGCUCAAGGUUCCUGAAGCUCCUUCUAUAGCUUCCUUCUGUUGACCUCACUAAGAGAAGAUGGCAAAAGUCAACAUAACGAGAGACCUCAUCCAUAGGCAGAUCAAGGAACAGGGUGCCCUGAGCUUUGAACGGCGCUACCAUGUCACUGACCCCUUUAUCCGGCGGCUGGGCCUAGAAGCAGAGCUGCAGGGUCACUCAGGUUGUGUCAACUGUCUGGAGUGGAAUGAGAAAGGAGACUUGCUGGCCUCUGGCUCCGAUGACCAGCACACGAUUGUGUGGGACCCACUGCAUCACAAGAAGCUGCUCUCCAUGCACACGGGCCACACUGCAAAUAUCUUCUCUGUCAAGUUCCUGCCUCACGCUGGGGACCGAAUCUUGAUCACGGGGGCAGCUGACUCCAAGGUGCAUGUCCACGAUCUGACUGUAAAGGAGACCAUCCACAUGUUUGGAGACCACACAAACCGAGUGAAGCGCAUUGCCACGGCGCCUAUGUGGCCCAACACGUUCUGGAGUGCUGCUGAGGAUGGGCUUAUCCGCCAGUAUGACCUUCGGGAGAACAGCAAGCACUCGGAGGUGCUGAUUGACCUGACAGAGUACUGUGGCCAGUUGGUGGAGGCCAAGUGCCUCACUGUCAACCCCCAGGACAACAACUGCCUGGCAGUAGGGGCCAGUGGGCCCUUCGUGAGACUAUAUGACAUUCGCAUGAUCCACAACCACAGGAAGAGCAUGAAGCAGAGUCCUUCGGCCGGCGUGCACACCUUCUGUGACCGGCAGAAGCCCCUUCCAGAUGGUGCAGCCCAGUAUUAUGUAGCAGGGCACUUGCCAGUGAAGAUGCCUGACUAUAACAACCGUCUUCGAGUGCUGGUGGCCACCUACGUGACCUUCAGCCCCAACGGCACGGAGCUGCUGGUCAACAUGGGUGGGGAGCAGGUCUAUUUGUUUGACCUGACAUACAAGCAGCGGCCGUACACCUUCCUCUUGCCCAGAAAAUGCCAUUCCUCAGGGGAAGUUCAGAAUGGCAAGAUGGCCACCAACGGCGUCUCCAACGGCGUCUCCAACGGCCUGCACCUCCACAGCAAUGGCUUUCGACUGCCGGAGAGUCGGGGGCAUGUCAGCCCGCAGGUAGAGCUGCCCCCGGACCUGGAGCGCGUGAAACAGCAGGCCAAUGAGGCUUUUGCCUGCCAGCAGUGGACCCAGGCCAUUCAGCUCUACAGCAAGGCUGUGCAGAGGGCCCCUCACAACGCCAUGCUCUAUGGAAAUCGAGCCGCUGCCUACAUGAAGCGCAAGUGGGAUGGUGACCACUACGAUGCUCUGAGAGACUGCCUCAAGGCCAUCUCCUUGAACCCAUGCCACCUGAAGGCACACUUCCGCCUGGCCCGCUGCCUCUUUGAGCUCAAGUAUGUCGCUGAGGCCCUGGAGUGCCUGGAUGACUUCAAGGGGAAGUUCCCAGAGCAGGCCCACAGCAGUGCCUGUGAUGCUUUGGGCCGUGACAUCACCGCUGCCCUCUUCUCCAAAAACGAUGGCGAGGAGAAGAAGGGAGCUGGUGGAGGCCCUGUCCGCCUGCGCAGCACGAGCCGCAAGGAUUCCAUCUCAGAGGACGAGAUGGUGCUGCGGGAACGAAGCUACGACUAUCAGUUCCGCUACUGUGGCCACUGCAACAGCACCACGGAUAUCAAGGAGGCCAAUUUCUUUGGCAGCAAUGCUCAGUACAUUGUCAGUGGCUCUGAUGACGGCUCCUUCUUCAUCUGGGAAAAAGAGACCACCAACCUCGUCCGCGUGCUCCGAGGGGACGAGUCCAUUGUCAACUGCCUGCAGCCACACCCCAGCUACUGCUUCCUGGCCACCAGUGGCAUCGAUCCCGUUGUGCGGCUCUGGAACCCCCGGCCAGAGAGUGAAGACCUCACGGGCCGAGUGGUGGAGGACAUGGAGGGGGCUUCCCAGGCCAACCAGCGGCGCAUGAACGCAGACCCCCUGGAGGUGAUGCUGCUCAACAUGGGCUACCAGAUCGCGGGCCUGAGCAGCGCGGGCGGUGCCGGGGCCUCAGACGACGAGGACAGCUCAGAGGGCCAGGUGCAGUGCCGGCCCAGCUAGACCCUCCUGCUACUGGCUGGACCUGCGCCCUGGGCAGGAAGUCAGGGGGUUCCGUUUGGUUUGUCUUCCUCCCCCCCUCCCCCGCCCCCAUUUUGUUAGUUUGGCAAUGGGGGUGGGGGUUGCUACAACUUGCUGGCUUUCAGACUUGGGGGCCAGAAGCCCCUCAGUGUGCCCCUCCCACUUCCAUGUCCCUGGAGGCCCAGCCUGAAGCUGCCUUCCGGGACCACCCACCCCCUUCAGCCGGCCGCAGAAAAGGGAGUGAACCCCCAUCAGUAAGGGCUCCCCCAGCAGCAAGGCUCGCUGCCCUGGGGCUUCAGGGAAGGCCCUGGAAAAGGACCCGGUCCUGCCCUCCCAGAGCCACAGUAUUGGGUCGGGCCAGAGGGAGAGCGGGAGCCCCAGCACGGGCCAGGCCACGCCACUGCCCUGGUCACGGCAGAGCACGC